AUGGAGGAACCAACUUCUUUUGAAAAUGUCUUAGGUGAAAGUUCUCAGGACAUUUGUACCUUGACCGAUUCUACUCCAAGAAAGAAAAAGCAAAAAGUUAGCGCUAAUUAUACACCUAUUUCGAACCACCCUAAAACUUCGAAAUCUGAUAAGAGAUCCUCUUUAUCUGAAUACCGAAAAAAGCCAAGUAAAUUUGAUGAAACUAUUGCGUUAACUUUAACCCUUAAUUUAUCAUUAAAUUGGCUAGCUGACAAGAGUUUAAGAAGGCAAUUUAACCGCCUUUACGAAAAUGACAAUGGUUAUAAAACAGCAGGUCCAAAAGAUAACCUUACGUUGAACCCCAUAAGCUUAUCCAUAGCUAUCGGGAACAAAGUUAAAGAAAUAAAUUAUUUUUGGCGUAGAGAAUUAUUAUCUUCUGAAUAUGUUUUAAAUCAAAAACUUUAUGUAAGAGAAGUUAACCAGGAAUCUUUGAAAAUAUCAAUUUUACAAAGGAUAGAAGACUUACGGGAUGUAACAUUCUUAUCAUUAGUUUUUGAUCAUUGGCCAAAUUACAAAAUGGGCAAUUUUUCCGGAGUGACGUUAGUGACUUAUGAUGAAAUGAGAAAUACCCUAUGCCCGUUUUUAUUACAAAUGGCUCCGUUGAGUUCACACACCACAGAUGCAAUAGGCACUCAGUUAGAUAACAUCACGCAGGAUUUUCCAGGUUUAAAGAGUUUAACCGUCGCUAUGUCAACUGAUAAUGCUGCCAAUAUACUCAAAACCCCGAAAGGAUUAGAGAAACUUAAUAAGCUCAAUGAUAGAUUUUUGGGACAUGUUCCAUGCCUUCUCCAAAGCAUAAAUAGGGUAAAUGGGACACUUUUUGAAUCUUCUGAAGAAGGUAGGGAUGACAUUAGAUCAUAUAUGGAAAGUAGAUUAAUGGAAAAAUAUGCUCUAGAGUGUCAACUUCAAGAGGAUGGCUCUAAGAUAGGGAAUUAUACUGCUGAUUCGUUUUUUGAAUCUUUGCAAAAAACACAGAAUAUUGACGAUGAACUUACGUACUUUUUAUCUGGAGACAAAAUAUUGAGGAAGAACAACGAACUUGCGUAUGAAAUCAAGACUAGCUUCAUAAAAAAGGAGAUAUUUAAUUCUCAUUGCCAGAAACAUCAAAUAGCACAUGCAGAUAACGAUCUAAGAUUAAAAUCAUAUUGUAUAACGAGAUGGGUUUCUGCAAUUGAUACAUUACAAAGAAUAAAACUACUAAAACCAGUUUUGACGGAUUUGGGAAAUGACCAAACCUUCGUCACAAAAUUUACGAAGGAGGAUUUUGCUUUAGCAGAUGAUCUUUUAAAAUUUAUUGAACCAUUUCAGGUCCUUUGCGAAACCCUGUCUAGAGAUAAUUGUACAGUAAAAUUUGCAAUACCAUUACUACUGCAUUAUAAGAUUCUGAUGGAACAGAAUGAUAUAGAACACUUAAAGAGCAACAGUGUAAAUUUUCAACAUACCAAACAUUUGACCCAAUUCACAGAGAAGAUGAAGAAAUAUUACCAUAAAUAUACAGAGAACAAAGUCUGUGAAAUUUCUUCCUUUUUAUGCAUUAAUUUUGUUAACAGCAAAUUUUGGCCUGCAAAAUACCCAGGCAGGGGGGCUGAUGGUAAGAAAACAUCAUUCAUUGCAGAAAUGUUAAGUAAAAAAAUAUCUGAGGCCAUAAUACCAUUUUUGAACGUUCAUUAUAAUAAGGAGGACGAUUUUGAAAAUCAAGUAGUUGACCCAAAUAGCAGUUUUAUUGCUGGCUUUGAUGAUACUGUGGAUCAGGGAAGUAUUGGGGCAAUUGACAACAGUGAGGAAGUAGGGGCUGGUAACGACACCACAUUCAACAAGGAAUCUAUCAGAACAGAUCUGGAACAGCUUAUUUUUGAGGAAAUAAUAGAAUAUUGUGCCAAAGCGGAUCAAGAGCGUAGAAAUUGUGUCAAAGAAUUCGCACAAACCAAUAAAUUCCCUAGUAUGGAACGUUUUAAAUGGAAAUGCAGUACAAUUGUAGGGGCUGACAACAUAUUUUGGAAAAAAUUUGGGGCCAACUUCCCCAUCCUCUCUUUUGCAAACCGUUUAUUUAGAAAUAUUCCUGCCAGUUCUAUCUAUGUUGAACGCUUAUUUGGUGUUGCAAGUAUGAUUGAUGCAAAAAAAAAGAGCCAACAGUCGAAUAAAAUGCUUGAAAACCUUUGUAUUCUAAAAUCUUUUCGGUCAAAUAUUAGCUUAGAGGAGAUCAACUUGGCAACUUGUAAUCUUAAGGACGCCAUUGAAGUUACUGUCGCUUUCUCCGAUUCAGAAGAAGACGAUUAA